UUCCUGUCUCGUCUGAUUUUGCUUCCAGUGUUGACAAGACCAUCAGCGAUGUCUAUGAAUUGCAUUAGACAUUGGAGUACUUUUCCAACACUUCAUGCAGGGCAAAAAAUGAGAUUGAGGUACGUACGUCAGAUACAUGAUAAAAUACAAUUUUCCUUGUUAGCUUCUUUACAUGUGUUUGUGAAUGCGAUUAGUGAGUGCGGUGCUAUAUCGGGUUAAUAGUGGUCCCUUUAUCUAAUAAUUUUACCUAUUGUAAUCAACUGUUUCUGGAUAAUGAAGCGAUGUUAGCUGCUAGGAAUAGUUGCAUUUUAACUAUUUUUCGCAAAUUUUAAUCCCCAGCCGAGGUCAAGCACGCGAUGGAAUAGCUUAUGGACCUCUCACUGACCUACCAGACUGGAGUUUUGCAGGUAGACUUCUAAACAAAAUUGGAGUAAAUCAAGUUUGCCUUGUAUCACGAAUUAUUCAGUAUGACUGGCUAUGCUACUUGCUAUCUAUUUGACAAUUAGAUUCCAUGCUGCCGUGUAUCUGUUCAUUAAUGGAUCACAGAUGACUUUAAAAUGUGGUGAUAAAGAAGUGGUAUUCAAAGCACAGUCUAUUAUUGUAAAGACCCAUGGGAUAUGGAAUCUCUGUUUUUUAUCUGAUCAAAAAAAGCAAAUUUUUGUUAAUGGUGAUGCAAUUUAUGUAUCCGUCCUCUGUAGAUGAUAAGUAAGAACCAAUUAAAAUUUCAUUGUUUAUUGAGUACUUCAACUUAUUAUAUAAUCCAUGAUAGAUGGUAAAUGAUGUGAGAAGCCUGACAGUAUCUAGUUGUAAUCAUAGUAAUAUGCAUGAAAACAUUAUACAUUUCUGAUUGCCUGAAAACAAGCACAUUUUUCAUUAACAAAAAUCCAAAGUUGUUGCAUGAGUGCAAAUUACAAAUAGCAUGCACCAUGUCAAAAUUUUGUCUGUCUUGACCUUCUGUGAUACAUUUUUCAUGUAAACUAAUGAUAGGUUUUAACGCGAUUUCCUGUGCAAUUUGGUGUUAAUUAGCACUCAUAUAUCUUUCAAAGAUUACAAAUUGCACUCGCCCUAUUCAUGCUUAUUCACUUUUUUCCUUAUUGUGUAAUAGUUAAUCUGGGUUUGCGCUCAUAGAGUAUUACGCAAGAGAAAUCCGGCUUUUAUAAUCUAAUUGUUAUUUAGCUGUGUGUUGUCUAUCAGCACACACAAGGCUUUUGACUGAAUAUAUAUAAAAUGAGAGCUUACCACUGAUUUAUAAUUUUAGAUGAAUUCUAAUUCCUAUUGAAUCAAAUGAUAGUUAAGAUAAUUACCUGCAGGAAGAAUUAGAUAAUGUCUGUCGUGUGAUCUUCAAGAAUGUUCUAGAAGUAGCUGUGUCAUGCUGAGCCAUCCCUGAAUCAAUGUAUAAAUAGAAUCUGUUGUGAUGCAAUGGAACGUUCUGGAUCCUCAACCAUACCUAUAUAAGCCAAGCUUGUAACUAGAUGUAGAGAGUAGUUUAGUUGCUGGUAUAGCCCGUCAGAUAUCAAUAAAGGUGUAUGCUGCAGAAUACAAGAUGUCCACACUUCAAUGUCAACUUACCUUAACUUUGUCAUGACAAAUUUAAGCAUCUCUAAUCUAAUUGUUAUUUAGCUGUAUCUUGUCUAUUAACACACACAACACUUAUUUGCCUUAGGCAAAGCAGUAAAAAUUGUUGAAUAAUCCCCAAGAAAAAGGCACUUGGCAGGAGUUGAUUAUUGUGAGAUAUGAUGCAAUCCUCCACUGAUCAGAGAAUGCACAUUUCUUUAUUCACUGGAGCAAUUAUACUCACUGAAUAUAUCUAGAUUGAGGGCUUACCAUUGAUUGAUAAGUUAGUCAGCAUCCAGAGAUUUUUGCUUUUCUUUAAAGUUUGUGCCCUAUUUUUAAUGGCUUUGACUGUCAAAUACAUAUUAAUUACUUCUCAUUUCAGGGACCACAGAAGUGUUUGUAAAAAUUCAUUCUUUGUAUUGAUCAUUUUGCUUUUGAAUUAUCAGAUGGGACCCCAGCACCAGAGACAAAAAGAAGAAGGAUAAGAAGGUUGAAAAGAAUGGAUGUGGCCGUAAGUUGUAAACAAUGCUAUUCAAAGAGUAGUUACUGAAUGCAUAACCAAUAAGCGUUAUACUUGAUUUGCCUUUUGCCAUGUUCAAUGCAUUGAUUUUUAUGGAAAUUGAUGAGGUUUCUUAUUAAAAUAUGACCUGUGCAUCACACAUUGAGGUUAAGGGAAUGAAUGAAAUGAUAACCAACUAAAGAAGCUCUUGAAUGUUAAACAAGUUUUCCUUAUCAGCAUCUCAGGAAAUGUACAGUAUGGAGAAUAUGCAUACUGAUGUCAGGGUGUAAAUAGGGACCUUAAGCAAUCAGGACAGCAAUGCCAAGGGAGACUUCGAUUAAAAAAUGAAUUUCUGCCUUUAAUUAGAAUUUCAAAAAUUGGCUCCAUUUGUUUACCAUCUCAUACCGCACCACACCUCAACUUCAGCAUAACGUAUAAAAGAAGCGUUGAGUUCCAAAUGGAAAUUAAAAUAAUUUGCCGUCAUGAUUUCAGUUCGUAGAUGACGCAAAUUGUGGUGAUUUCACAUUGUUGUUUUGCAUCGGAUGGCUAAGAAAUGUACAAAGUUUUAAAACACACGUGCAGAGUUAUUGCUCUGCCAAUUAGAUCCAUUGUUUUUCCAUGUCCUCGUUGCUGUCGCCGUUGUGGUUUGUGUAAGGUCCCUAUUGAUUAAUCAAUGUAAGUGUGAUUGACAGCUACUUUCUGGAACAGAAGUUUAUUCAUUUUUGCUUUAUUCCAGCAUCAAAUCUUAACAUAUUUGAAUGAGGUGGAGAGAGCAGGGGAAGCAAGAGAUGAAGAUGGAAAUGUUCUGGAUUCCACAAAACUGCCAAAGAAAGAGCAAGAGAUCAGUUGA